CAGUGUAGACGUCAGUUCCGGUGGGCAGCGUGGGGGCAACAUGGCGCCCGGCGGAAAAAUCAACCGACCCCGAACCGAACUACAGAGAAAUCAUUUGAAGAGGAGAAGAGUUGCCAGGAAGGGGAACGGGAAGAAGCGCAUUGUUGGUGCAGUGAUUGACGAGGGGCUGAUCACCAUCCAUCACCUGAAGAAGCGAAGUUCCAACCAGAGAGCAAAUAUCACACUGUCUGGGAAGAAGAAGAGGAAGUUGCAGAAACAGCUGCAGCACAGUCUGAGGGAACGAUCGGCCAUGGAUGUUGCCCCGGGGCCUGGGCGAGUGGUUGGCGCGUCGGUGGCGAGGGACAGAGGGACAGAGCAGAACGUGGAGAUGAUUCAGUAGCCCACGUGAGAACGCUGUUACAGGACGGGGGACAGCACGCAACUCCCCUCCCCUCCCCCACCUCUCCCCCACCUCCCAGCCCCCUCCCCCACCUCCCAGCCCCUCCCCCACCUCUCCCCGCCCCUCCCUACCCCUCUCCCUCACCUCCCCGCCCCUCCCUACCACUCACCCCACCUCCCAGCCCUCUCCCCCACCUCCCCUCCCCCGACAGACUGAGCCAAUGUUGUGGCCGCUCCCACUGUACGCUGUAAAUAAAGAGACUGUUAUUGAUGGUGA